AAGCCUUAGUCAGAAUUUAAAUGCUGAUUUGAAAACCGAACGUUCAAAACCGAACAUUGUGUACGCAAGUGUAAAGGUUUAAAGUCAAACACUAUGCUUUCAUCUUUUUUUUACUCCUGCUUGGUUGACUAUUGCACCACGAGAAAACUCAAUCAUCUUUAAACUUCUCUGUGUUGUGGACAGUUCUUCUUCCCAGUGGAGAUCAUUUUGUGUAAAAUCUUUAAAUGAGAUUGUUUUGAGCUGAGCAGAGAUUAUAUAUAAUUCUCUAAAACAAAGGAUAUUAUGUGAGUGUGUAUCUUGUUUUUUCUCUGAACUUAAUUAAUUGAAUGUUUUCUCAGGACAUCAAUGCAAUGCUGCUUCUCAGGCACUGCCAGAGCCUGACUCGACUUGGUGCUGUCGGCACUCUAAGGUAUCAGGCGACUCCUUGUUUUGCAUCUCGUGCAGUUCGUCUCUGUAGCAGCAGCAGGGAGGAUCAGAAAUCAUACCAGCGUGCCAACUGGAGUGCCAACUGGAAACGUAUUGUUGCUGGGGUGCUGACUGGUACCGGGGCUGUACUGACCUAUGGUCUACUCUACCAAGAGGUUGAGCAAGCAGACGCUGGCUUGCCCACCACAGAGAAGCGCUCCUCUCUUCCUGUCUUCAGCCACGAUGAAAUCUCAAAGCACCGCUCUCUGGAAGACGGCGUGUGGGUCACGUACAAGGGAGGCGUCUAUGACAUCACCGAGUUUGUGCCGAUGCACCCUGGUGGGAAUAAAAUCUUGCUAGCAGCAGGUGGUGCCCUUGAACCUUUCUGGGCCCUGUAUGCUGUUCAUGACCAGGAGUAUGUAUUGGAGAUCCUCUCACAAUAUAAGGUUGGUGAGCUGAGUGUAGAAGACCUGAAGAAGCAGCACAAUGCCAAAGCGUCGGACCCCUACUCUUCGGACCCCGAACGCCACCCGGUGCUCCGGGUCAACAGCAAGAAGCCUUUCAAUGCCGAGCCUCCUCCUGAGAUCCUGACGGAGAACUACAUCACUCCCCAUGUGUUGUUCUUCAAGCGGAACCACCUGCCUGUUCCUCGGGUGGACCCGGUUUCAUAUCGCCUCCAGGUGGAGGGCCUGCCCAAGGGAGCGCUGACUCUGUCGUUAAAGGAUUUGAAGACCCGGUUCCCCAAACACACCGUCACGGCUACGCUGCAGUGCGCCGGGAACCGCCGCAGUGACAUGAACAAGGUAAAGCAGGUGAAAGGACUGAACUGGGGCAUUUCUGCUAUUGGGAAUGCCAAAUGGAGCGGAGCGCGGCUCAGAGACGUUCUACUGGCUGCUGGGUUUGGCCCAGAAGUGGCCAAAUGGGCCCGCCAUGUUCACUUUGAAGGACUGGAUAAAGAUGUGACAGGGUCAGCAUAUGGAACCUCGAUCCCCAUCAACAAGGCCAUGAACGAGGACGGCGACGUGCUGCUGGCGUAUGAAAUGAACGGCGAGGAUAUUCCCGCUGAUCACGGCUUCCCGGUGCGGGUCGUGGUUCCAGGCGUGGUGGGAGCGCGCAACGUGAAGUGGCUGGGGCGUAUCGUGGUCAGCACAGAGGAGAGCAGCAGCCACUGGCAGCAGCUCGACUACAAAGGCUUCUCCCCGGGGACGGACUGGAGCAAGGUCGACCACGCGUCCUCUCCGGCCAUCCAGGAGCUGCCCGUUCAGUCCGCCAUCACCGUCCCGGCAGACGGAGCCGAGAUCGACCGCAGCGACGAAACGCUGACCGUCAAGGGCUACGCAUGGAGCGGCGGCGGCAGAGAGGUAGUGCGGGUCGACGUCUCCCUGGAUGGAGGGAAGACAUGGCAGGUGGCUCAGCUGAGGAGCGGGGACAAAGGUCAACCGGACGAGCCUUCGCCUCCUCCGGGUCGAGCCUGGGCCUGGAAGCUGUGGGAGCUGACUGCUCCUCUUCCUCCUGACGCUGACGAGCUGGAGAUUAUCUGCAAGGCGGUGGAUAACAGCUACAACGUGCAGCCGGACUCAAUCCCGCCCAUCUGGAACCUGAGAGGCCUGCUGAGCAACGCCUGGCACAGAGUGAGGGUCAAGGUGACCGAGGAUUAGAGAGAGACCCGACCCAAAACUCAUUAUCAAGGAGGGAGCUUUGUUUUGUGUCAAUCUGCGCGGUUAACAGAUUCUGUCUAAAGUUUACAAAGUAUUUAUGUGAUCUUGUUGCUUGGGAGAUUUGAAAAAUGAAAGUUUUAUAUGAAUAAAGUCAAACAUCUCAACGGUAUCUGCCGUGCCACACAGGAAUUUCAGGGUGAUGAAGGGACUAGAGAUACACCAAUCAGGCUUUUCCUGAUCAAUACUGAUAUCUGGGUCUCUGACGUCUAACCUGCAGAUUCAGACUUUUUUUUUUUUUUUUAAAUGUAACCAAGAAAAUAAAAUAUUUCUGUAGAUUCUUUGAUAGCAGUAGUUAGGCUCUUUAUAAAUAUAUAUUUUUAUAUAUAAAAGAUUUUAUAUGAAAAUACAUGCCGUUUGUUGACGAGGGUGAAUUGGAGACUACUGAAGGUCUUUUUAAUUUUUAACAAGUGAUGGUACUGAUUGUAUUGUGAUCAACUUUAGAAACAAGUGGGAGAAAAUACAAUUCCUUACAUCUCUUUAUUUAGUUAAAAAAGGAAAAUUAAAAAAAAAAUAAAUACAGCACAUAAUUUACAACAUCACAGCAUAAAAUAACUGAGCAAGAAAAAAAAAACACUUUUGUAUAAAUUUGUUUGGGAUUUUCUCUGCUGAUGUUGGAAAACUGGAAUUUCUUAGUGCUUCUCUUUGUAACAUAACAGCUAAUUUCUUAAUAAUUUGUUAGAGCCGUUGUACAGGGGCCAAAGAGCUAUUGGUUGGACCAUAAAUAUAGUCAUAAUAGAAAAUGGUGAGAGAUCUUGGUUUUGACUCAGUUAGUGACUAAACAAAAAGAAACAAAUCAGCCGAUCAAUACAAAAUUGUCUUAAUUUGUUUCUUUGAUCAGAGCAUCAUAAGAAGUGAUUUUUCUCAGCAAUUGUGAUUGAACCUUUAUUUUUGAACAUGUGUUCGGUUAUAUAUUUAAAUCUCUGUAACUAGGAACAUUUUAAGGACAUAUUUUAUUUAGUGUUACUGUUCCCAUUACAGUUUAUUUGAAGGUACAAAUUUAGUGGAUUUGUUACUUUAAAGGUAAUCUCUACAAAAGUAGCGAAGGCAAAGUCUCCAGCUCAAAGUUUUGUUCACUGAAUUUAUAUAUAGGUUCUGAUGUUUUUGAUGCAUCCAUUGAUGAGUAGAAAGUCAGGUGAAAGAGUGACUUGGAGACCCAACAAACCGACACCCCAGGCAAGGUUGUAGAAGCUCGUUGUCACGGAUGUAGUCUCCCUGUAAUUCACCGCAGUGGAUGGGACAGACAACUGGUUGUGCCUAAACUGAUGCAGUAUUCAGGUUGGUGUUUUAAUCCAGUAUUGUUACUUUGAGCACUUGCAUUCAUCAGCAUGCCUCUCUUAGUAAGUGUCAUCAGACAAUGCACACUUCGUUAGCCAUGCAGUGGUUGUGCAAGUCUCACUUUUUUCCACAUAAUCAGCCUGUUUUCAAUGUGUUUUAAGGUUUAAUUGCACUAAAGCAAUGUGCGGGGUUCAGAGGCCUGGCUACCAAAGACUGUUUUCUGUUGUAAAGUGAUUUUAAAAUGACUUUUCUGUUUUAGAAAACAAAUGAAAAGAUAAUUCCCACUUAUUUAUGUUUCAUACUAGGUUAUAAACUGGCACUGAAGAAAAUCUCUGCCCAAGAUUUAUCAAAAUCGGGGGGGAAAUGAGCACUAACGAUUAAAAAGUACUUCAUGUUUCAGUAUAGAAGGACAUUACACAAGAGACCAGUUAAUAAACUUGUUCUUGUUUUUAUUAAUGAGAGUAUUUCUGGUCAUUCAUUGUCAACACACCAGGAGGGACGCCUUUAGCCAACACUGUGUUGAUGUCAUAGCUAAAAGUGUUUAGUCAUGUAAGGUACAACACCCUGAUGUGGUUGUCAUGUGUGUUUAUGACGCAGCACCAAUGGAAACAAGUAUUGGUUUAAAGAAAGAUGACAGAAUUAAAACUGUUUUUGACUUGGCAAUGAAGACUGAGCCGUAUGCAAUGAAAUUUCAUUCUGUAUACAUCCUGUGCAUGCAAAAUGACAAUAAAGUCAGUCUAAGUCUAAGAACAUUUUGAGCAGGGCCUGAAGUUUUGAGCCAAGUUUUUAUAAAAUAUUUCCAAGAAGGGAGCUAAUUUUCAUGACACUGGAAGUGUUUUUGUUCUGUUAAAUCAGAUUUAUAAAUGGUUACCUGCUGAUGUGUCAUAUCCAGCAGUGCUUUUAAAAUGCGUACUGUGCAUUUAUAGACUUCUAACCUGACUCUGACUUCCUUCUGCUGAUGUUGUUGCUGCUCAGUGUGAAAACUGUCAGGAUGCCAAACUACACAGCACCUCCUGGAUUCUCACUCUUGUUUCAUAUACCAAGUACAUUUUAUUUUUCAUCAUUUCUCACAGUAAUGUAAGCUUAAUGUUUUCUGUAAUGUUUCAUUUUCUUUAAUGUUAACUUUUAACCCUAACACUUUAGAAUGGAAGUAUAUUUUGCUAUGCAGUCAUAAUCUUUUUAUUCACUUAUUCAUAAAAAAAAUGUAUUUUUUGAUUUGUUUUGUUGCAUUUGUGCACAAACAUCUAAUCUUUCAAAAAAUUUAAAAUGUGUCCACUUGAAAAUACACCUAGCACAUGUUUACAAUAAAAUAUAGUCAGGAUUUUGUUUAUUCCUUCAUGAGACCAUUUGUAGUAAAACAAAAUGUUUCUGAAUAUCUGGGAAUGAGAUAAACUGGAUUUGAAACCUAAA